CCAUCUUGUCGCGGAGGAGCCGAGCGGAGCGGAGCGGAGCGGAGCGGGCGGGACCCGGCGGCGGGGCCUGGGCAGCCUCAUUGAUGUCCAGCUCCCCGCUGUCGAAGAAGCGCCGCGUGUCCGGGUCCGAGCCGCCGACGGGCUCCAACCGCGCCGCCGUCCCCAGCGUCCCGCCCGCGUCACCCAGCGCCACCCCCGCCAACGGCAUGGCGAAGAACGGGGGCGAAACCGAGAUCGAUGAGGGUCUCUACUCCCGCCAGCUGUACGUGCUGGGCCACGAGGCGAUGAAGCGGAUGCAGACGUCGAACGUGCUGGUGUCGGGGCUGCGGGGCCUCGGCGUCGAGAUCGCCAAGAACCUCGUGCUGGGGGGGGUCAAGUCCGUGACCCUGCACGACCCCCAGCCCGCCGCCUGGGCCGACCUCUCCUCCCAGUUCUACCUGCGGGAGGAGGACGUGGGCCGGGGCCGGGCGGAGGCGACGCUGCCCCGACUCGCCGAGCUCAACUCGUACGUGGCCGUCAGCAGCACCGAGGAGCCGCUCUCCGAGGAGCUCCUCGCCCCCUUCCAGGUGGUGGUGCUGACGAACUCGCCGCUGGAGGAGCAGCUCUGGGUGGGCGACUUCUGCCACAGCCGCGGCAUCAAGCUGGUGGUGGCCGACACGCGGGGGCUCUUCGGGCAGCUGUUCUGUGACUUCGGGGACGACAUGGUGGUGACGGACACCAACGGGGAACAGCCGCUCAGCGCCAUGGUCUCCAUGGUGACCAAGGGCUGCCCGGGCGAGGUGACGUGCCUGGACGAGGCCCGACACGGUUUCGAGAGCGGCGACUUCGUCACCUUCGCCGAGGUCGAGGGCAUGGAGGAGCUGAACCGCUGCGGCCCCGUGGAGAUCCGCGUGCUGGGUCCCUACACCUUCAGCAUCGGCGACACCAGCAGCUUCGGAGACUACGAGCGGGGGGGGGUCGUCACCCAGGUCAAGAUGCCCAAACACGUCAGCUUCAAGCGGCUGCGGGAGUCGCUGGCGGAGCCGGCGCUGCUCGUGACGGACUUCGGCAAGGCCGAGCGCCCGGCGGCGCUGCACCGGGGCUGGCAGGCGCUACACGCCUUCCUGCGGCGCCACGGGCGGCCCCCCCGGCCCCGCCACCAGGGCGACGCGGCCGAGGUGCUGGCGCUGCUCCGGGAGCUCUUCCCCGAGGCGCCGGCGGACGAGGAGCUCGUGCGGGAGCUGGCGCUGCAGGCGAGCGGCGACCUGGCGCCCGUCAACGCCUUCAUCGGCGGCCUCGCAGCCCAGGAGGUCAUGAAGGCGUGUUCGGGCAAGUUCAUGCCGGUGACGCAGUGGCUCUACUUCGACGCCCUCGAGUGCCUCCCCGAGGAGAACCGCGACGUGCUGCUCACCGAGGAGACCUGCCGGCCCCGCAACUGCCGCUACGACGGGCAGAUCGCCGUGUUCGGCGAGGAGCUGCAGGCCAAGCUCGGCGACCAGAAGUACUUCGUGGUGGGGGCGGGCGCCAUCGGCUGCGAGCUCCUCAAGAACUUUGCGCUGCUGGGGCUGGGCUGCGGCGCCGGCGGGCACCUCACCGUCGCCGACAUGGACACCGUCGAGAAGUCCAACCUCAACCGCCAGUUCCUCUUCCGGCCCUGGGACGUCACGAAGCUGAAGGCGGAGCGGGCGGCGGCGGCGGCGCGCGCCAUCAACGGGGCGCUGCGGGCGAGCGCGCGGGCCGAGCGCGUCGGCCCCGACACCGAGCGCCUCUACGACGACGACUUCUUCGAGGCGCUCGACGGCGUCGCCACCGCCCUCGACAACGUCGACGCCCGGCUGUACGUGGACCGGCGGUGCGUGUACUACCGGAAGCCGCUGCUGGAGUCGGGCACGCUGGGCACGAAGGGCAACGUGCAGGUGGUGAUCCCGUUCCUGAGCGAGUCGUACAGCUCGAGCCAGGACCCGCCCGAGAAGGCCAUCCCCAUCUGCACGCUGCGCAACUUCCCCAACGCCAUCGAGCACACGCUCCAGUGGGCGCGUGACGAGUUCGAGGGUCUCUUCAAGCAGCCGGCGGAGAACGUGAACCAAUACCUGACGGACCCGCGCUUCGUGGAGCGGACGCUGCGGCUGCCCGGCACGCAGCCGCUCGAGGUGCUCGAGGCGCUGCACCGCGGGCUCGUGGCCGAGCGGCCCCGCGACUGGCCCGACUGCGUGGCCUGGGCCUGCCGCCACUGGCACGCGCAGUACCGCAACAACAUCCGCCAGCUCCUGCACAACUUCCCGCCCGGGCAGAAGACCAACUCGGGGACCCUGUUCUGGUCGGGGCCCAAGCGCUGCCCCCAUCCGCUGACCUUCGACCCCGACAACCCGCUGCACCUGGACUACGUGGUGGCGGCGGCGAACCUGUACGCGCAGAGCUACGGCAUCGGGGGCUCGCGGGAGCGGGCGGCCGUGGGCGCCCUGCUGCGGCACGUGCGCGUGCCCGACUUCACGCCCCGCGCCGGCGUGCGCAUCCACGUCUCCGACCAGGAGCUGCAGAGCGCCAGCGCCGCCGUCGGUGCGCCCGCCCCGGCCGGCACCCAUGG